AUGACUGUAUCUGAUAUAACGCCAGGGCCGAGGCCGCUGGCCAUCGUGGGAAUGUCAUGCCGACUCCCAGGGGAUGUAGCAUCGCUAGGUGAUUUCUGGGAACUCUUAACCAAUUCCAAAGAUGGAUAUAGGGAGUUUCCCCGUGAAAGAUUUAACUCGGAGGCAUUCUAUCACCCGAAUGAAGCACGCAAGGAUGCAAUUCACGUCAGUCAUGGGUAUUUUCUCAAUGACGAUGUCGCCAACUUUGAUGCGCCGUUUUUCAGGAUGAAUGCAACAGACGCUGCAGCUUUUGAUCCUCAAGGGCGCAUUCUACUCGAAUGCGUGUAUGAAGCACUUGAAAAUGCCGGAAUCCCAAAAGAGAACAUUGCCGGCAAAAAAGUGGGAGUAUUCUCAUCAUCGAAUACAUCCGACUAUACCCUCGAAUUGAAAGACAGCGUCUGCGACGUGCCAGCACAGGUAGGAGUUCUCGGCCACAGUUGCAUGCUAUCAAAUGUAGUGUCCAACGUAUUUGACCUGAGUGGCCCGAGUGUCAGUGUUGACACGGCAUGUUCAUCAGCCUUCUAUGCACUACAGUUAGCGGCGCAGAGCAUACGCUCCGGCGAAACUGAAAUGUGCAUCGUAUCUGGAUGCGCAUUGAAUCUCUCGCCUUGGCGAUGGAACAUGCUAUCGAACUUGACGAUGCUCGACUCUGAUGGCAAGACGCGUGCGCUUGAUCCAGAGGCUGAUUCGGGCUAUGCGCGUGGAGAAGGUGCGGCUUGUAUUAUAUUGAAACCGCUUGAUUUGGCACUGCGUGACAAUGACCGUGUUCAUUGUGUAUUGUCGCACAUUGGAGUUAAUCAUAAUGGCAAUACCAAUGGCUACACGAUGCCGGAUGCAGUGAUGCAAGCCACAUUGAUGAAGGAAUUGCAACAGUCGUUGAAUAUCCGGCCUGAUGAGUUUGGAUUUGUCGAGGCGCACGCGCCUGGAACUCGGGUAGGUGAUCCUAUUGAGAUUUCAGCAAUUCACGAGGUUUUCUCGAGCGAUGCUCGAACGGCCGAAGAGCCGCUGUUAUUGGGCUCAGUCAAGGCAAACGUGGGACAUUUGGAGUCAGCGAGUGGCUUUCCAUCCCUGAUAAAGGCUGCCUUGAUGUUGAAAAACAAUCAAGUCGUACCCAAUCCCAAUUUCAAAGAUGAAAAAAUGAAUUCAGAGCUGCGCAAGUUGAACAUGGCGGUACCAACCAGCACCCAAUCCUGGCCAAAAGGAAAAUCAUACGUCGCCAUCAACAACUACGGGUUUGGCGGGUCCAAUGCCCAUUGCAUUAUCAAAAUGGCUCCGGAAUCGGAUACUCCACCGAGCCCGAGUGAUGCUGCGACAGAUGAGGCCUACCUGUUUGUUCUCUCUGCCAAUGAUGAGCAGGCUCUCGCGCGGGCCAGAGAAAGAUUAGUUGGAUUCCUUGAAGACGAUGAAGCGGCCAACAUCCAGAUGGGCGAUUUAGCUUAUACACUAGGCCAGCGCCGAUCGAAUCUCAGCUGGCGCUCAGCUCUCGUUGCGACAGAACUGGAUGAUCUGGCUCUGAGUACGGCUGCACCGCGAGUCGUACAGCGACGUGCUAUUCGCCCGCCCAGAAUUGCUUUCGCAUUCACAGGACAGGGUGCUCAAGGAUUUGGCAUGGGACGUGAACUGCUGCAAUAUCCAGUCUUCGCCCAGUCACUCGAAAGAUCCUCGUCUUGUGUUCAAUCAUUUGGUGCCACAUUUUCCCUGAAGGAGGAACUGUAUGCAUCCGAGGCCACUUCGCGUAUCAAUGACGCCGAUGUAAGCCAGGCUGCGUCGACGGCAGUCCAAAUUGCCCUGGUGGACCUUCUACGGUCAUGGGGAGUAGAACCCGCUGCAGUUGUUGGCCAUUCCAGUGGUGAGGUUGCCGCUGCUUAUGCUGGAGGCAUUCUCUCGCUACCUGGUGCUAUGCGUAUUGCUUACGCACGAGGUCAGAUGGCCAUCAGGAUCAAGACUGUCCAGCCAGAUUUCAAAGGCGGCAUGAUGGCUGUCAGUGCCGGCAUGGAAGACGUUGCUCCUCUGUUGGACAUCGUCAUUUCCGGAACAGUGGUCGUUGCGUGCGAGAAUUCCCCUAAGUCACUCACGGUAUCAGGGGAAAGCGCAGCAUUGGAUGAGUUGGAGACGUUGCUUGAGGAGGAUGGGAUACCCCACAGGCGGCUUGCGGUUGACUUCCCAUAUCAUUCGCCAUUCCUUGAGCCAUUCAUUGACCAAUAUGAAGAGGACAUAUGCACCGAAGACACUUUCGUGACGACUGAAACCAACAAAGUUGAGUUCUUUUCAGCCAUGGCUGGAAGGAAAGUCGACCCCAUUGCGGUCAAGAAGCCCUCCUAUUGGGCAAGUAGUGCCAAAUUCCGGGUGCGAUUCACAUCCGCCGUGAAUGCGCUUUUCAAAAGCAAGUCUCCACCAGAAGUGGUGGUCGAGAUCGGUCCUAACCCGACGUUGACCUGGGCCAUGAAAAGCAUCCUGAAAGCGCUUGGGAAGCAAGCACCAGCCUCAAUGGAGGCCCUUCCAUCACUUCACCACGGUGAAAACGCCCGUACUGCCAUGCUUAGGCUUGCCGGUUCCCUAUUUGGGCUGGGUCAAGGGCUCGACAUGCAUCAAGUUAACUUCGGACACAUUGAAGCCAAUGGAUCGUCCCCACGCCUGGUUGACGGGUUGAAGCCAUACCCGUGGACACGCAGCCGCUACUGGGUUGAGUCCCGACUUCGAGAUGACAGACUGAACCGGCCAUUCCCUCGACAUGAUCUGCUGGGACAUGCCACCAGUCACUCUGAGGGUGUUGAAAUGUCCUGGUCUAACAACUUCGACAUCGACGAUAUGCCGUGGCUUCGCGACCACCGGGUUGGGUCCUCGAUCACCUUUCCACUCGCUGGUUAUAUAUGCGCUGCGGUGGAGGCUAGCAAACAACGUAGCAUGAUCAGGGGAAAAAGCACCGUUACAGGGUUCACCGUACGCGAUGUACGCGUGGAGCAGGACCUGAUUCUUCAAGAAGGGGUGCGCGUCGAUCUUUCCAUUAAGCUCCGACCACUUGAAACAAGCGACUUUGAUGAGUUCAAAUUAUUGGCCUGGGAUGGAGAGCAGCAGAGGUGGAAUCUGCACUGUCGCGCACUCGUCAAGUGCCAUGCCAAAGACGCGGAGACGAGACCGACGCGGUGGGGCGAAGCGCGCGCCGAAUGUCCCGCCCACGUCGGAAGCCCACUGCUUUAUCAAGGCUCAGCAAAGACAGGUCCACGCCGUACUGGCACAUUCCGUAAUGUGUACAACCUCCGAUAUGGAAGUGGAAAAACCACAGCAGAGGUAGUUGUCUCUGACACUGAGGCUGGGAUGCCUCACCAGUACGAGACUGGCUAUACCAUCCACCCAACAACAUUGGACGGCAUCCUGCAGUGCGGGAGUUACAUUCCUUUCCUGGAUCCAGCGUUUGCUCCCAUUGGAGCUUCAAGCAACGUCUGGGUUCCUAGCACAGUUGCAGAGGUUGUGCUUGGGGCAGAGAUUCCUCGCGAGCCGGGCCUCGUCUUACACGCUGUGGCCCACUCAGAGCAGCCUCCACAAAAGUUUGGCGGCAAAUACGCUAUCAACGCUGGAUUGAAGGGCUCUCUGAAAGACACGGUUCAGGUUCGGGGUCUCGGUUUCGAUGUCGACAGAGGCCUUCCCCCGCGCUGGCCCGAUGCGCACUACGGAUGCUACAAGAUGGAUUGGCAGAUUGCUGGUCAAUUGGCAGCAGACGCAACCAAAUGGCAUGUCGUGCAGGGGUCGGAAGAGAAUGAUGGCUUGGCCAACGUUUUAGGAAAGAUCUGGGGCACUCCUGUCUUGUCUAUCUCUCAGCCACUGCCCACUGAAGCCAAGUUCUGCGUGAUAUGCGAUAUCGGCGAAGGCUUGUUGGGAAAUGUGGACGAAGCCACGUUUGAAAAUCUCAAAAAUAUACUCACCAACUGUGAUGCUGUUGUUUGGGUAACCCGUGGCGCCUUCCAUCACACAACAAACCCGACUGCGGGAAUGGCGGCUGGGUUGCUGAGGACGAUCCGCAGCGAGAUGCAGGCUGCCGUUGCGACCCUAGACCUUGAUCCACAUACGACCAUUGAUUCCACAGCACAGGCAAAGCUAGUGGAACGCGUGGCUGGACAUACGGCAAAGGCGGCAAAGAAGAGCGAUUCUCAAGCAGAGAUGGAGUUCACUGAGAGCGAUUCUCAGCUCCUUGUCUCGCGUAUCAUACGCGACGAUCACCUUGAUGCAAAUGCACAUGCUGCCACCGGCAUUUUGUCCCCCCAGGAUGAGGCGUUUGACCCCGAAUCACGCCUCAGCUUUGGAUUACAACGUCCUGGUUUGGUCGAUUCCUUGUAUCUUCAUCGGGUAGACUCUGUCUCGCCCCUGGACGAUGAAGAGGUGGAAAUCCAAGUCGCAGCAAUUGGGCUUGGGGCUGAAGAUUUCAAAGCUCUUCAAGGGCGCGAGUGCAGUGGUACGGUAGUUGGCUGUGGCGCAAAGGUGACACGCAUGCAGGUUGGUGACAAGGUCUUCGGGCUGGCGAAUGGUCAAGGUGCAUUCGGGACGUUCGCUCGCUCACAUCAAUCAAAUUUCGCUCUGAUGCCCGCGUCAAUGACACUCCGAGAAUCUGCAGCUUUGGCAACUACGUUCGGAGCUGCGCAACUCGCUGUCGCCGAAGUCGCUCGAAUUCGCGAGGGUGAUAGAAUUGUUGUCCUUGCGGCCGCAUCUGCCGGGGGUCAAGCGGUGGUCCAAGUCGCGAAGGCAGCGGGUGCUUGCGUCUACGCUGUUGUUGACUCGCAUUCUGCUCGUGAGACACUUUUGGCACUUCGCCCUACAGCCGACUACAUUGUUGAGCAUCUUGACGACUUACCACAAGUCGAGGUAGUACUUGAUCCCAUUCCCCGCCCUGCAAACAUUUUAUCUACAUCUCGGAUCUUGGGGCCCCUGGGGCGCUUCAUCCAAUUUGGAAGCCUGGUUAGAGACUCGGCGCGCAACUCCAAUGUUGGUUGCAGCGUUGCUAGCGCUCCUCUGUUUGAUGUUGCUGACUCUCAGCCGGCCCGCAUUGCCGCCGUCCUGGAUUCUGUUGCGAGCUUCUUUGAUCUAGGGACUUUCGGUGCCCCCACCCCGGCUCAAAGCAUUCGGUUAGAUCAAUUGCCUCAGAUUAUCUCUACUGUCUCCUCUAGCGAUGAACUCAGAACGGUUCUUGUGCCGGUCAAAGGGGAGGUAGCAAAGAUUAUGCCCGCGCGACCUGCCUCGCCCAACCUCGACUCUGAGGCUGUCUAUCUACUCGUCGGUGGUGGAGGUGGCCUGGGCCGUGUCAUUGCCAAAUGGAUGGUUGAUAACGGUGCCAGAAAGAUCGGCUUACUGUCGCGAAGUACCUCCAUGAGCUCUGAGGUGCACGCCCUCGCAGAAAGUGUUUCCAAGUUGGGAGCCGAGAUCUUUUUGUUGCCUUGCGAUGUUACCGACAAAGAACAGUUGCAGCAAACGGUUCGGCAGUGUGCUGCCGAAAAGGGCGCCAUCAAAGGAGUUAUCAACGCCGCCAUGGUCUUCAAGGGUGGUGUUUUCAGCUCAGUAUCUCACAACGAUUUCAACACUGUCAUUCGGCCGAAGGUUCAUGGCACUUGGAACCUUCAUAAUGCCCUCGCUGAUGCACCUCUGGAUUUCUUUGUGCUGAUUUCUUCCGUUGCCGGCGUUGUCGGUACACCUGGGCACUCAUCAUAUGCAGCUGCUAAUACUUUCUUGGACUCAUUUGCAAGAUACCGCGUUCAGCAAGGCCUUCCCGCUACCGCCCUUGCUCUAACCGCAGUAGUGGACGCUGGGUACAUGGCUGAGAAUGCGGAAAAGCUUCAAAAACUGAAGUAUAUUGACGAUUACGAAGGAGAAAUUCUCACCACCCAAGACGUUCUCGCUCUUCUCUCUGCUGCGGUGUCUGGAGUGACCGCUAAAUCCUGCGAUGGAUUCUCUAUCACUGGUGCAGGGUUCGGCGCUGCGCGCAAACUUCCAUCCUAUGCCAGGGACCCACGAUUCUCCAGUCUUGUGACUCGCCAUGCCAAAGAUCAAGAAGCGAAUCCAAGAUCGGCCCACAUUUCAAGCGAAAAUUCUCUGUCGCGUGUGCUUGAGCAGACAGACAACAAAGCUGAAGCUUCCAACUUGCUCUUGAAUGCUCUCCGAAACAAAGUGGCUGAAUUGCAACUUAUUUCCGUGUCAGACAUUACAGACAACCAAACAAUUGUCGAACUCGCCCUCGACAGCUUGACAGCCAUGGAAGUCUACUCAUGGAUUGGGCGAAUCUUCCAUGUCAAGUUCAAGGUGCAGGAAUACGCCAAACUCGACACACUCGAAAAGAUUGUAGAAAGUGUCAUGGCUAAGAGAGACGCCGCUGGAGUUUAG